CUGAUUAAUGAAUUUCAAUUUUGUAAACAGUAAACAGUCUCCGGAGAUUAUUGGAUUUUAUGUAAAUAAUUAAAAUGAAAAAUGAACGAAUUCAAAAGGAAAAGGGUAACGAUGAAAUUAAAAACUCCAAACCCGCUAUUUCAAAAAUGGCUUACCGAAUGGAGAGACCAAGCAAGAAAAGAAAGUUCUAAAAUGGAAUUUUGCUUUAAUAUUGCACUUCAGUCACUGAAAAGAUAUCCGCUACCUCUUGAAAGAGGAAAAGAUUGCCAAAUAUUAAAAGGAUUUGGUAAAAAAUUGUGCGAAAUGAUUGAUAAUAGACUGCAAACACAUCAACUUAAUAUGAUAAAAAAUGUAAAUUAUGUUGAUGCAAGAAAAUCACAAUAUUUUGAUGGAAUAGAUGAAGCAGCAAGUAAAAAGAGUAAACCUAUUCAAGACAAUUCUUUUUCUAAACGCAAAGGCAGCUGUUCUAAGGAAUAUUUUCCUGAAGAAGGUUCUGGGGCAUAUGCGAUUUUAGUUACAUUAUUUAUUGAGAGUUUAGAGCCAAUAUGUGCAGAAUUUUUAACUAAGCAAGAGCUAAUAAGAAAAGGGCAGCAUUUAUCUCGUACUUCAUUUACUAAACCAGAUCCUGGAAGCAGGUAUACAGCUUGGUCAUCUAUGAAGACACUCGUUACAAAAAAACUAGUUAUUAGAAAAAGUAAUCCUCCCAAGUUCUCUUUAACAAAUGAAGGAUUAGCUCUAUCUAAAAAAUUAUUUGAUCAAAGAAAAAAUACUUUUGGUUCAUCAUUUCAAACUAAAGAGACAAUUAUUAAAAAUGGAAAAAAUCAGGAAACUUGUAUAGAUUUAUUGGAAAAUACAGAUUCAUCUUCCGCAUAUAGUUUAAGCAGUACUUCUGAGAUAUCGACAGAUAACGGCAAGAGUAGUUCUAUUAUAUCAGAUAAAAAUUCUGUUUUAUCAUUAGAAGAUAAGACUUUGUCAUUUGGAAAGGGAUUAACUAAUUCAGAAGUAUUUACUGAAAGUUCUAAUUUGUAUUCAGCGAACACAGUUCAUUCAGAUUGGAUUAGUACAAACAAAACAAUUCAGAAACAUAUGUCUAAUAGUUCCGCUGCAUCAUCUACUUAUAGUUUAACACAAGAGGAAUGUUUUAAAUUACUACCCAAUAGUUUUGACAUUAUUUUGUAUGUAGAUACAUGCGAAACCAGUGGAAGCAAGGCGUUAAUCCAAGACGACCCUAUUCUGGCAGAACUGAAACGAACUGAAGUAGCUUAUGAGGUGAAAAAGCUGAAAAUAGGAGAUUAUAUUUGGAUCUGUCGGGAUAGGACUUCUAAAAAAGAAUUAGUACUCCCGUAUAUAAUAGAGAGGAAGAGAAUGGAUGAUUUUGGUCAUAGCAUUAAGGACGGUCGCUACUAUGAGCAAAAAUUCAGAUUGAAAAAAUGUGGCGUACAAAACGUAAUAUAUUUGAUAGAAAGAUUUGGAAGUAAUCAGCACGUGGGUUUACCUAUCACUACGUUGUACCAAGCGGCAACUAAUACAGCCAUUCAAGAUGGUUUUUGUGUAAAAUUCACUGAAAGUAUUAGACACACGGCCAGGUAUUUGAUAAAUUUGUCAGCAAUAUUGAACCGAGUUUUUAAGACCAAAACGCUUGUAAGUUGUUCCAAAGAAAAUAUAUCGGACAUUUCCUUGGAAGACAGUUGUAUUUCAGUAAUGACUUUUCAGGAAUUCAACCAUAGCUCAUCGAAAAAUAAGCCCACAAAAGUCUCCGAUUUAUUUGUAAAAAUGUUGAUUCAAAUCAAAGGCAUGUCUGUGGACAGAGCAUUAGCGAUCGUAGACCAAUAUCCCACUCCUGCUCUAUUAAAGAAAGCCUAUGAUGAAAAUCCCGGAGGGAAAGGAGAGAAACUGUUAGCCUCUAUUCAGUUUGGCGAUUGUAACAAGAAUAUUGGACCACUACUAAGUAAGAUUGUACAUCAGCUUUUUACCUUGGAAUCUUUUAAUUAAAAUUCAUUUUUAUUUUUACUUAAAAAUUUAUAUUUUUUUUACAAUAAAUACAU